GACAGAACCCUGGCUUCAGUUCGUUUCCAACCAGCUGGUUGGGGGGCAGCCAUGGAAGAACAGUGUUCGUUGCUGGACAUGCGUUGGAGGCCGUCGCUUUUUGUUUGGGAGGUGAGCUGCAAAUCCAGCCGCUCUUUCAAUCUUCGUGUCACAGAUUUGGGAUCGGGAGGUUUCUUCUUUUCUACACCCUUCGACUCAGGCUUCCAUCUUUCUUGCUUGCGAAUAUUUGCAUCGUUUGUCUUCAGGUUCUUGAGUAAUCCCUAUUGCUAUAUAAGAGAAGUUGAGGUAUUUAAAUUUCAGAACAUAUUGGGUUCUAUCAGGAAGGGAAUUGAAUCUCACAGAUUAGCUCAGGGUGUUAAAAGGUUCUUAAGGGAAAGGCCAUCCAUGGUUGAAGAAGGGCAAUGGAUAUACCAUACACCCACCUAAAUGAGGUCAGUUUCUUGACUUACUGGUUACCAAUUGGUUUGGUAGAUUGGCAGGUGUUGUUUGUGUUUAUCAUUGUGGUUGUGUGUUUGUUUGACUUAUGUUUACCAAAAAGGAACUAUCCUAAAGCAAAGAAGCGAAGAUAACUUUUAGGUUAAUGUUUCUUCAUUUUGAUUUAUUUACUUUUUUUUCCUUUUGUGUUGCCUCAAAAUUCCUUCACAAAAUUCGACUUGGCUAUACUACUACGUGUUUUCUGCUCUCUUUCCUUCUGUUUUUUUC